CCGACCAAGAUGUUCUGUACCGUGCCUCCUCCCGUAACACUAGUUAAAACUGUUAAAAAACCUUUCAAGAAAUUCUCUUCAGAUCUUUCGAAUCUUCCGCCGGUUCCCGCAAUCGAUGCUUUUCAGCGAGGAUAUGAAGUAGAAUCGAUAUUGGAUAUAGUACAAAACACUGACAAGAAACAGUUUCUCCUGAUCAAAUUCAAGGAUUUACUUGAACCAGAAUUAGUUCAUAUAGAGCUAGCCUUGGAGCGUGUUCCUCACCUGCUUUUCGAUUUCUACCAGGAAUAUGUCCAGGCCUGGCAGAAACUGAAUCAGCAGAAGGGGAAUGCCUCCCUCUCGAUUUAAGGAAGAAAGUGCACACUUUAAUCGCAUGAGUUGAAGGAGUGGAAGACGCGAAGCUGCCACGCAUUUAUGCCGCAUCCUUUUGUGCAGUCUCGCGUCGAGUUUUAAAUAAUUUUAUGCCUAUUUGCCUCGUGCAGCUCGCAAAAUUUCACACCUCAACCAUCAAAAGUUGGGGCGGACGUGCGUGCCAGAAGUUUCUGCCAUACGCAAAUAAAGGAUACAGAAAAAGC